GGAUCGUUCAGUUGACUUCGUGCAACGCAGCCGCGCAGACGCAGUUAGCGGUUCCAGUUAUCCGAUAUAUAUAUAUAAAUAUAUAUCCAGCAUAUAUAUUUUUUUUUGAGCAUCACUAUUUUUUUGCCAAAGGAUCCCGUGACGUCGUUUUUGUGAUCGAUGUGCCACAAGUGCCAGGCUACGUGGGCUAAGAAUUGCAACUGGCUUACGAAGAGCACAAGGAAAGCACAUGGUAACAACAGCAAGGAUAAAAUAUAACAAGGAUUCGAGGACCGAAAAUAACAAAACCACUUAAGAGUUUGUACACAAAUGGCAAUUAAGCAAUGGAUCAUCUAAACCUUUAAAUGGAGUUGUAAUACAAUCAUACUGGCAAGCUAAAAGAAAAUAGAAAAAAUACCUAAGUAAUUAGAGAACUCUCAAGUUCUAUUACGUCUGGAGAACCAGAAAAGUUCUAUAAACUAUAUAAUAAAUGGUAGACAUUCUUAAUGCAACAUUUCUACAUCUUACUAGAAAGACAAGCGCAAUUUCACAAAAUCAGUUGAGCAAGAAAGCUUACUAAAAUCCGGGCAACAUCAGAGCCCCGCCAUGCACAAAAGAAAGAAACGCUAGACUUUAGAGAGCGAGAAGAAGAAACAAUCCCCGAAAAACCCAAGAAAUAACAAGGAAAAGCAUAAUCGAAGGAAACUCAACUCCCUGAAGUGGAAAUCCCCCAUCCAAAAUGGUGCUAAACCUCCUCUUCAUAACCACUGUGAUCAAAUCCACAUUCGGAGUGGUGACCACUGGCCUCUGGCUGAUUCCCCUGAUGCUGGCGGCCAUCACUUACUAUCGCUACGAUGCCGUGGAUCCCGAAUCGAGACCCUUGGAUCAACUGAAUCUGCUUCCCGAAUACGACUUCAUUGUGGUGGGCAGUGGAUCCGCUGGAGCGGUGGUUGCCAAUCGAUUGAGUGAAGUGAGAAAAUGGAAGGUUCUGCUAAUUGAAGCGGGUCCCGAUGAGAACGAGAUCUCGGAUGUUCCCUCACUGGCGGCCUAUUUGCAACUAAGCAAACUGGAUUGGGCCUACAAGACCGAACCCUCAACAAAAGCUUGUCUGGGAAUGCAAAACAAUCGCUGCAAUUGGCCAAGAGGUCGCGUUCUUGGCGGCAGUUCUGUUCUAAACUAUAUGCUUUAUGUGCGUGGCAAUCGCAAUGAUUACGAUCACUGGGCUUCGCUGGGCAAUCCUGGCUGGGAUUACGAUCACGUGCUGCGGUACUUCAAGAAAUCCGAGGACAAUCGCAAUCCCUACUUGGCCAACAAUAAGUAUCACAGUCGAGGGGGAUUGCUUACGGUUCAGGAAUCUCCAUGGCAUUCUCCUUUGGUGGCGGCUUUUGUGGAGGCGGGAACUCAAAUGGGAUACGAAAAUCGUGAUAUUAACGGAGCCAAGCAAGCUGGUUUCAUGAUUGCCCAGGGAACAAUUAGGAGGGGAUCAAGGUGCUCCACAGCCAAAGCUUUCCUGCGACCCAUUCGUUCGCGAAAGAAUUUCCAUCUGUCGAUGAAUUCGCAUGUAACUCGCGUGAUUAUCCAACCAGGAACAAUGAGAGCUCAAGCAGUGGAGUUUGUCAAGCACGGAAAGGUUUACAGAAUAGCAGCCAGAAGGGAAGUGAUCCUCUCGGCAGGAGCCAUCAAUACGCCCCAAUUGAUGAUGCUAUCUGGAUUGGGACCCCGGAAGCACCUGGAAAAACAUGGCAUUCGAGUGCUGCAGGAUCUGCCAGUUGGUGAAAAUAUGCAGGAUCAUGUGGGAAUGGGUGGACUCACCUUCCUGGUCGAUAAGCCUGUGGCAAUUGUCCAGGAUCGUUUCAAUCCGACGGCUGUGACUUUUCAAUAUGUUCUGCGGGAAAGAGGACCCAUGACCACUUUGGGAGGAGUCGAGGGAUUGGCUUUUGUACACACUCCCUACUCGAAUCGAAGUCUCGAUUGGCCGGAUAUUCAGUUCCACAUGGCACCCGCAUCCAUUAACUCGGAUAAUGGAGCCAGGGUUAAGAAGGUUUUGGGCCUGAAGGAAUCGGUUUACCAAGAGGUAUAUCAUCCCAUUGCGAACAAGGAUAGUUGGACGAUAAUGCCACUGCUUUUGCGGCCAAGAUCGCGGGGUUCAGUGAAGUUGCGCUCAGCGAAUCCCUUCCACUAUCCCUUAAUCAAUGCCAACUACUUUGACGAUCCACUGGAUGCCAAAACUUUGGUGGAGGGAGCCAAAAUAGCAUUGCGAGUGGCGGAGGCUCAGGUCUUCAAGCAAUUCGGUUCGAGAUUGUGGCGCAAGCCACUGCCAAACUGUAAGCAGCACAAGUUCUUGUCGGAUGCGUACUUGGAGUGCCAUGUAAGGACAAUUUCGAUGACCAUUUACCAUCCGUGUGGCACGGCUAAAAUGGGUCCUGCCUGGGAUCCCGAGGCGGUGGUGGAUCCUCGACUGAGAGUCUACGGAGUUCGGGGACUGCGAGUGAUUGAUGCCAGCAUUAUGCCAACGAUUAGUAGUGGUAAUACCAAUGCACCGGUCAUAAUGAUUGGCGAAAAGGGCGCCGAUUUGAUCAAGGAGGAUUGGCUAACGAAUCCCGAGUACAAAAUCAAGCGGCAAACUCAACUUCGAGAUGCCGAAACAGCUGCAAGUAGUGUUCACAUCAGCUUGACCUCCGGCAACUCGAGUUCAGUUGACAGCAGCAACAUCGAGAGCAACUUCAGCAACAGCAGUCACAUAAACAUCAGCAACAUCACUGAUUUAAGUAACAGCAACAGCAGCAACUUUAGCAGUGACAACAGCAGCAACAUCGACAGCAGCAACUUCACUCUGAACUAUAGCAUAUCAACGGAUAGUUAGUGAAAUGUGUUAUUGAAUGGGGAAAGCUCCAGAUUUUGUGCUCAGGACUCCAUUAGCUUUAAACGCUCCUCGAUGAGAAGACAACGCAAAAUGUUUGCCAUUGCUAAAGUAAAACCAAUUGCUGGAAUGGAAACUCUUGGGAAUGGAAUAGAAAACUCAACAAAAGCCAGAAUGUGAUCUAAAAAGCACUUAAGAGCUAGAAAUUCACUGAGAACCCUAGAACCAGAAGCUAUAUAUUAUACUAUUCAGUUAUGAGCUAUUACAGCCACCAAAAAUGUCCAUCUACUCAACUUUGUACAUCAUUCAAGUUUAUUUCAAUGAGGAAGUCUUCUUGGGAUAACCAUAAAACCAUUCUACAAAGAAUAGGAGAACCCUUUUAUGAAAUCGAAUGAUGUAAGCACAUAAAACUGUGGAACUCAUCAUAAAAGGUUUAUGCCUUGUAAGCCGAACAAACUUUAAAGUUUGUAUUGUAUCAAGACAAUCAUUAAAAGUCAACACAUUUACCGCGGAAGCUGCUAGAAAUUGAACUAAAUGUUAUAAGCCCUACUGAAAAACUUAGAUGGAAUCUAUAGAGAUGUUUCGAAACUCGUACUUCUCAUCGAAUCUCAACAGAUGACGUCCUCAAAAACCCUUAAAGAUGAUCCAUUGCAAGACGGAAACCAGAAAUCGAGUCAUAGAUUAAAUGUUUACCUUCAAUUAUGCUGUAAUCCUAGCUAUAUUUAGUAAUUGUUGUCAACAUUUUUUUUUGUUUAUGUAAUGCCUACCCUAAGCUAUGAUAAGCUAAAUUAAUAUUGUUUGACUAUUUAUAGGAAACUCCCCAUACACGCAUUAUUUAAACGACAUUCUAUUUAAUAAAUUAAAUUUGCAUAAGCAUUAAA